AUGUCCCUAGUCUUACCUGUCGUUGAAGAAGAGGAGACAAAGCUUCCUGACGGCGAGGGCAAUGAUGUAGUUGUCCCAGUCGACAUCACCCGACCCAAUCCCAAUGAGGUAGAGUUCGACAAUCUCUACCUGGAUAUGAAUGGUAUUGUCCAUCCUUGCACGCAUCCCGAGGGGAAGCCCGCGCCAGAGACCGAGGAAGAGAUGAUGAUCGAGAUCUUCCAGUAUACUGAACGAGUUGUCAACAUGGUUAGGCCUCGAAAGCUCCUCUUCAUGGCUAUUGACGGUGUAGCCCCUCGCGCCAAGAUGAAUCAGCAGCGCUCCCGCCGAUUCAGCUAUGGGGAAAACUAUCAGUGA